AUGGAUGAUGAUGGUGGAUGCAGAAGGUUUAUACUGGUUGAUGAUGAGUACAAACUCUUCUUUGAUCAUCAUCUUAGUGGUGACAACACUUUUUUCCCUCCCUUUGAUGAUGAAAAUGGAGAAUCUGAAACUCGUAAUCUUGGUUUCGAGUUUUCUGGUGAGUCAAAAAGAUCAAAGCUUAGUGGUACUGAGGAGAAACCAAUCAAGAACAGAGUUUCUCAGAAGAGAAAGAGGAGAGAUGUUGUGUCUGAGGCUGAGGUUUCAAGAGCUUUUCCGGUAGCUACAACCCGAGAAAGCAUUCAACGUGACAAUAGAGCUUGUGAAAGAAGAAAGAGGAAGAUGGCUGAGUUUGAGUCUGCUAGGGUUUCAAGGGAUGUUCCUUUAGUAAACAACAUCCAAGGAGACGACAAAGCUAAGAAAGUGUCAAAGGUUAACACUUUAAGUGAUGUUCCGUUGGUUAGAGCCAUCCAAGGAGACAACAAAGAUAGGAAAGUGUCACAGGUUAACACUUUAUGGGAUGUUCCGUUGGUUAGAGCCAAAGAAACCAUCCAACGAGACAGCAAAUCUAGGAAACUGUCGGAUUCAAAGGUUAACACUUUAUGGGAUGUUCCGUUGGCUAGAGCCCAAGAAACCAUCCAACGAGACAACAAAGCUAGGAAAGUGUCAGAUUCAAAGGUUAACACUUCACGCGAUGUUCCAUUGGUUAGAGGCAAAGAAGUGAUCCAAGGAGACAACAAAGCUAAGAAACUGUCACAUUCAAAGGUUAACACUUUGCAGGACGUUCCCUUGUUUAGAGGCAAAGAAGUGAUCCAACGACACAACAAAGCUAAGAAACUGUCACAUUCAAAGGUUAACACUUUGCAAAAUGUUCCCUUGUUUAGAACCAAAGAAGCUAUUCGAAGAGGCAACAGGAUUGCUGAACGAAGAAACAAGAAAGAUGAUGAAACUAAAGCAGCAGGGACUUCAAGAGUAAACAGAGUUACAGAGCCUAAGGCCGUAGAUGAGACUGUUCCAGUGACACAAAGUAACAAAGGAGUUUCUGCAUUAGGGACAAGGAAGAAGAAUGUAGCAGUUGUGGAUAAAGAUUACUUCGCAUGGCUUGUAAGCUCUCUUAAAGCUUCCACAACUGUUGUGCCUGAUCCAACUCAAAAACAAUCCAUGACUGUCCCUCAAAAGGAUCUAGUAAAGGCUGAGCUAGAUACUGAGUCUUGUUCUGAUGAUGAUGAUGAUAUGAUUAUGGUUAGUGAUUCUCCCUUCUUGUGUGGAGAAAGUACACCUUUUGUGGUGUCCAAGAGCAAGACCGUGAUUGAUCUUGAGGUAGAUAGUACUGAGGAUGAAACUAUCAGUUGUCUGUUUACAAAAGAGCUAAUGGAUGUUCUGGAGAGACCAUACGAUGAAGGAGAGUUGUUGAGGCUCUAUGGUGAGGUAUCAGAGAAGAAACAAGUGACACGUUGCAGAGAACUGAGAAAGGGAAGAGAAAGUAAUUAUGAGACUUCUGAGUUUGGACCUUCCUAUCUUGAGAAGGUUUCUGAUUUUGAUAAAGAAUACAGACGUGUGGAUGGUGAUGAUGAUAAGGAGAGAUUGAAGUUGCUGCGUGGGUUUUUCUUUUACUUGAAGAAUGUUACUCGUGCUGGUUCUUUCAAGCCUUGGUCACCAGAAAACCAGAAGAAGCUUAUGGACUUAAAAAGCAAGUGUUGCAACCAUAAGAAGGUGUAG